CUGAUUGCCCCAGCUUCUGAAUGGACUAUAAACCUAUAUGUUUGUAAAAUUCUAGCACUAGCAAGCGCAGUUCAAAGAGGUAGCAUUGAAAUUAUUGAAAAAGGCCAUAAAAUAGGAAAAUAUGAUUUCAUUGAGAUUAUCUGUGAAAUAAAAUGUUAUCUCCUAAACGUUUUCCCAUUUCAGAUAGAGAGCGACAUUUUUUUCUAUUCGAUUAGAUCUAUCAAACCGAAUAGCGAGCUGACGUUUUGGUUCAGCAAAGAUUAUUCGCAGAAGCUCAACUAUCCAGUUUCAUGUGAAGCUGCUCGCAUGGCGAAGCCAAAACGUUCCGCGCCACCACCACAACAGCCAUGGGCCAUUGAGGAUCGGGCAUCACCACAGGAGGCUCUUGACUACAGUAUGAAACGAGAAGCUAUUGAGAGUAGCCGAAGUGAAAAAGCGGACCGUGGCGACACGUCCGACGUUGAGCCAGGCGAUGACGCCGAGUCUGAGAAAAGCAAUUCGAACAGAAACGACUUCAGCUGCUCGCCACCUUCACUGGCUGAAGUGCAAACUCGUCCGAAUGUUAUACAGAAUCCUGUACAUCGUCCCGUUCCUACCCGCCUGGCAUCGCUUCCGGCGCCAUCGCCAGUUCGGCCAAGUCCUUUGAAUCCGCUGUCGCUCUUCCAGGACUACUUUAGGAGGACUCAGCAGCUCAGUGAGUCCCUCAGAAAUGAUAUCUAG